AUGAUUCAAGAGAAGAAGAAAAAGAAGAAGUCUGCCACUGAAGAAGUAACAUCAACUCAAAGUGAUAUGCCUUCAGAUCCAAAACAGACCGCUUUCGCCGAACUGUUGGACCCAUCAGUGAAAGAAGUUUUCUACUCGCUUCACGAUCGCUUUACUCCAGUGCAGCUUGAAGCCGGAACUGCUCUGUUGACGCACAAAGAUGUUGUUGUUGAAUCGCCCACAGGAUCCGGAAAAACGUUGGCCUUCGGUCUGCCUCUGCUUUCAAUCAUGCACAAAAGAACCGAAAAGUGGAAGCAAAAUGAGAUUGGUGCUUUGAUUCUAUCGCCUACGAGAGAAUUGGCUAUUCAAAUUGCAAAGGUUUUGGAGCCAUUCGGAAAAGCAUUGGGCUACAGUGUGAAAACAUCAAUUGGCGGAACUAAAAAAGACGAGAAGGACUUGGAAAUGUUGAUAAAAGAAGGAUGCAAUAUUUUGGUCGCAACGCCUGGCCGCCUGAGCAAGCUGCUUACACUGGAUAAAGACCAAUUUUUGAAACGAAUGUUUAAAACACUUGAAGUUCUAAUUGUCGACGAGGCAGAUCGAUUUACGGAAGCUGCUUUUUCAACCAGUAUGAACGAUAUUAUGGCAGCCAUUCCAAAGCUCCGACGAACUGGACUUUUUUCGGCAACACAGGUUAAAGAACAGGAGGAUCUUAUCAAAUUCACACUUCGCUCAUCAGUUACCAUCAAGCUAAAGGAACGUGCCGAUAUUGUUUGCCCUACCGCUUUGAAAAAUUACUAUACGCUUUGCGAUGCAAAUUUGAAGUUAAUCACACUGUUGGAGUUUAUUCGCAGCAAGCCGGAUAAGAAGAUUCUCGUUUUUCUUUCUAGCUGGGAAUGUGUUGUCUAUUUCAACUCCAUUUUUCCAAGGCUUUUGAAGAAAAGAAAGAUUUUGGCUGUCCAUGGCCAGCAACAAUCAGGACGAACCACUGGAAUCGAGGUCUUCCAAAAGACUCCCAACAGUGUAAUGCUAUGUACGGACGUAUUAAGUCGUGGAAUCGAUAUUGAAGAUAUUGAUUGGGUUGUGCAAUUUGAUGUGCCUCGGACGAGCAGUUGGUUCGUGCAUCGUGCUGGUCGAACUUCAAGAAAUGGUCGUGAGGGAGCUGCCCUUCUUCUCCUUACACCGCAAGAAUCAGCAUUUAUCAAAUUCGUUGAGAAAUAUGAGAUGGUGAAAUUGGAAGAACUCAAAGUCACGACCGUUACUACGCUUAAAGCUGAGCAACUGCUUGAACAAAUACGCAGAUUGGCAAUGGGUGACAGGGAUAUCUUGCUUAGUGGAACAAAAGCUUUCGUGUCUUUCGUCGAGGCUUAUAAGCGGCAUGAUUCCGACAUUGUUUGUGCACUAAAAGACCUUGAUCUUAUGGGACUCGCACACGCAUAUGGACUGCUUCGUCUACCAAGGAUGGAAGAAAUUAGUGCUCGCUCUGACCAGGAUCAGUUUAAGAGAAGUGACUAUGAUACAUCAAAAAUACCAUUCCUGACAAAGGACAAGGAGAAGAAGCGCGUUGAAAUCCAGGAGAAGAAAAUGGGCGUGAAAAAGCAGAGAAAACAAGCUGCAUUGGAAAAGAAAGAGAAGAAGGCUAAAAAGGAAGCCACCAAAAAACUAAAGAACAUUUCUGAAGCCAAUGCAACGCAAAAGGAAACAAAGGAUGAGCACAAAACGUCAAAAAAGAGACCGGCUGAGAGUGAAGCUUUUGAUGGAGUGACUCCAAAAAAGAAACAGGCGAAAACUGCAAAAGCUAAGGACAACAACGAAAAUGAUCAUUUUCUAAUGCGGAAGAUGAAAGGAGGCCGGUUGGGCAAAAAGGACCUCAAAGCUCUUGAU